AUGUACCUAAAAAUUUUUAUUUUGUUGUCGAUAAAUUUAAUGUUUGCGUUAUCUAUGAAUUAUCAACAACCGGUAGCGGAAAAGGUAUGGAGCGGCCGUUGUGUAAAGAAUUCGCACGCUAUUAACGACUGUAACUGGUGCUGGUGUGACAGCAACCAUCGGUACAGGUGCGAAGCUCGCGAUUGUACUCAGGUGGACAUGUUGGGACAUUUCACAGAUCCAAUACAAGAUUUAGACCUUGGAAUGGAAGGAAGAGGCUCUUGGCGCACCACAGAAACAGCCUGCUCGCCAGGAGUCCACUACCGACGAGAUUCAGUACUAUGUGUGUGCAACGAAGACGGCAACUGGCCUAACCCAGUCUGUAGGGACAUAUUUCGAAUCAUGCACUCUGUAGAAGUCACUAGAGGAAUAGAAAUAUCUCAAAAGUGCGCGCCAUCUAAACUUCAUUUAGUUGGCUGCAACGUGUGUUUUUGUCCUUCAACUGGAAUCCUGAACUUAGAUUUAUGUACAAAAUUGGCAUGCUCAAAAGAAGAUCCAGUUAUGAAUGUUACCAGAAACCUCGAGUAUGAAAUGAAAGUGGAAGACGACAGUUUAGUACAUGAUGCACAUAUUUCCAUAUAUGCAUCAUGUACAACAAAUAAAAAAUAUUCUCUAGGAUGUCAAACUUGUAGAUGCCUUCGGAACAAUAGACUUCUUUGUGAUGGCUGCUCGACAGUAGAAAAAAAUAAAGAAAGAUCUAAUAAUCUUAAUUUAAUUGGAGAAUCCGUUUGCAAUAACUAUGACGUAGGUGAAAUUUUCAACGAAGCUUGCAAUUACUGUUUCUGCGACGAAAAAACUUUAAAAUAUUGCACAACAAAGAAAUGUUUAAAAUACUAUCCUUUAAGGCAACUAGAUAUUAUAACUGAAAAUGAAUUUGAAUUUACUCAUGCCCCCGUUGAUGAUCACGAAUGCAAACCGGGAACUAAAUAUACCAGAGAAUGCAAUACUUGUUAUUGUUCAAGCCAAAAUGGUAAAAAGACCUUUAGUUGUACAAUGAAACAAUGUAACGUCAAAAAUGCAGUUAGUUUAACUGAAAGUGAUUGCGUUAAUAGAACAAUGUAUAAGAAAAAUUGUUUAAUAUGUCGAUGUGAUAUUGAAGCAGGUAUAAAGAUAGAAACCUGUGUAGUGGAUAGAUCAUGUACAAGAAUAUCAAAUGAUAAAGAAACUCGAGCAUUAGAUUUUGAAUUAUUGCAAGGUUUCUGUAAGCCUUUGCACGUUUACAAGACAGAGUGUAAUACGUGUCAAUGUCUGUCGAAUAGCAGAAUACUGAAAUGCACAAGCCGUAACUGUAAGUCACAAGAAACUUUAACAGUUGAUUUGAUACCAGUUAAACCGAAACGUCCAGAUCACUGUCCUAAAGGUUUGUCUUAUAAGUUGGACUGCAAUGUAUGCUUCUGUCUGGAUAAUGGAAAUGCAAUUUGUACCACGAACGAUUGCGAAAACAAAUAUGAAGAGCUGUAUUAG